CCAUUAUUUAUAGCCUAGCGGGCUCCUCCAUACAAACCGGUAUUCUCUCAGCUCGGUCUCUAUAUAAAGGAGUCACGAAGAAACAACAGGGCCACUUACAUUGGCAAAGCGUGCAUGUCGAGACGCACUUUUCUCCUUGUGAGUGGAGCGGGGAUUACCAUUUGAAGCGCAUACACACAUCGCAACAAAGAUUCUGACUCUUUCCCGUCUCUCUCCAGCUGGCACAUUAGCUAGAGGCACAGACAUAACAACAACAGCAACAACAACCCCUACAACAACAACAUGAAGCUCAGGCUGCUGCUGCUGGUCUGCUGUGCGCUCGUGUCCGGCCAGAGGAAGGCUGGUUUCCCAGAACAAGAGAAGGAACCUAAGUUCUGGAACGACUGGGCCCAGAAGACCCUGGACAAGGCUCUGUCCCUGCAGACCCUCAACAAAAACAAGGCCCAGAACCUCAUCCUGUUCCUGGGUGACGGGAUGGGGGUUCCCACGGUAACGGCUGCUCGCAUACUGAAGGGGCAGCUCAGAGGACAACCUGGGGAGGAGGGCCAGCUGGAGAUGGACAAGUUCCCCUUUGUGGCCCUGUCCAAGACCUACAACACCAACGCCCAGGUGGCCGACAGCGCGGGCACAGCCACCGCCUACCUCUGUGGGGUCAAGGCCAACGAGGGCACGGUGGGCGUGAGCGCGGCCGCCGUGCGCUCGCAGUGCAACACCACGCAGGGCAACGAGGUCACCUCCAUCCUGAGGUGGGCCAAGGACGCAGGGAAGUCGAUAGGCAUUGUGACCACGACGCGGGUGAACCACGCCACGCCCAGCGCGGCCUACGCCCACUGCGUGGACCGCGAUUGGUACUCGGACAACGAGAUGCCCGCAGACGCCGUGGAGGCGGGCUGCAAGGACAUCGCCCGGCAGCUCUUCGAAAACAUCCCAGACAUCGACGUCAUCAUGGGAGGGGGCAGGAAGUACAUGUACCCCAAGAACACGACGGACGUGGAGUACCCCGGGCAGCCCAAGCACAGUGGAACCCGGAAGGACGGCCGGAACCUGGUGAAGGAAUGGGUGGACCGGAAUACUGAAAAGAAAGGACAUUACGUGUGGAACAAGAAGGAUCUGCUCUCUCUGAACCCCACCAAGGUGGACUAUCUUCUGGGUCUAUUUGAACCUGCCGACCUGCCCUAUGAUCUGGAGCGGAACAAGGAAACAGACCCCUCGCUCUCUGAGAUGGUGGAGGUGGCCAUCAAGAUCCUACGGAGGAAUCCUAAUGGGUUCUAUCUGCUAGUGGAGGGGGGACGCAUCGACCACGGACACCACGAAGGCAAGGCCAAGCAGGCCCUGCACGAAGCCGUGGAGAUGGACCGCGCUAUUGGUCGAGCUGACCUGAUGACCAGCACUUCGGACACCCUGACCGUGGUCACCGCUGACCACUCCCACCUGUUCGGCUUCGGUGGCUACACACAGAGAGGAAACUCCAUAUUUGGUCUGGCUGCUAUGAUCAGCGACGUGGACCAGAAGCCCUUCACAGCCAUCCUGUACGGCAACGGGCCCGGCUACAAACUGGUCAACGGCGCUCGGGAGAACGUUUCCACCGUCGACUACCAGGAUAACAGCUACCUGGCCCAGGCCGCCGUGCCCCUCUCCUCAGAGACCCACGGGGGGGAGGACGUGGCCGUGUUCGCCAAGGGCCCGAUGGCUCACCUGCUGCACGGCGUUCACGAGCAGAACUACAUCCCCCACGCCAUGGCCUACGCCGCCUGCAUCGGCCAGAACCGCGCCCACUGCCUGGCGUCGGCCGGGGCCACUCCGCGCCGCCCCGGCCUGGCCGGUCUGGUCGGCCUGGCGACGGUGAUGCGGCUGUUGUGUUGACCGACUCACCCCUUUAUGUAUCACUCCGCCUCAGUCCCCUCUUAGCCCCGCCCACCUGUUGUGUUGACCGACUCACCCCUUUAUGUAUCACUCCGCCCCAGUCCCCUCUUAGCCCCGCCCACCUGUUGUGUUGACCGACUCACCCCUUUAUGUAUCACUCCGCCCCAGUCCCCUCUUAGCCCCGCCCACCUGUUGUGUUGACCGACUCACCCCUUUAUGUAUCACUCCGCCCCAGUCCCCUCUUAGCCCCGCCCACCUGUUGUGUUGACCGACUCACCCCUUUAUGUAUCACUCCGCCCCAGUCCCCUCUUAGCCCCGCCCACCUGUUGUGUUGACCGACUCACCCCUUUAUGUAUCACUCCGCCCCAGUCCCCUCUUAGCCCCGCCCACCUGUUGUGUUGACCGACUCACCCCUUUAUGUAUCACUCCACCCCAGGCGGCUCUUGGCCCCGCCCACCUGUUGUGUUUUUGUCUUUGUUGGAUCUACUCUGCCUAUGAACUGGAUUUUUUUGCGACCACUAAUUAGACAACUAUUUUUUCAUUUUGUAUGAUUAGUCUCAUGUGGUUGUUGAAUGCUGAUGAUGUUUUGCUGAAUAUCGACAGGUUAAUUCGAAAAAGGAAGAGGGUUUUCACACUUUCCAUUUCCCUUCAGAUUUUGUUCCCUUGUUCAAGUCAACGGCAUCUACCUCAUCAGUGAUCCUCGAUCUCAUGUCACUUCUUCUGCUUCAGGAAAGCACAGCACGCGUUAACUGGGAACAAAUUAGGUAUUCUGGAACAACCUUGAUGAGGCAUUGUUACCAUUAUUUCUUUUAAAACAAAACAAGAUAAAGGACUUCUGACAUCUGUCGACCAAUAAAGAACAUUUGGAUGGUUUUCUUAUAAA